GCGUUUUCCUCUCUGGCGGCGCCAUUUUGUGUUCAGAGCCGCUACAGCCGCCGGCGGUGUGGGCAGAGUCAGUGGCGGCGACCGCAAAGCGGGGAUGGCGGAGGCCCUGGCGGGGUCGGGAGACAUGGGCUCUGGCGCUGCGGCUCUCGGCCCGGGCCCCUCGGAGGCUGGGACGCGGCGACUCAGCGAGCUGCGGGUGAUCGACCUGCGGGCGGAGCUCAAGAAGCGGAACCUGGACACCGGCGGCAACAAGAGCGUCCUGAUGGAGCGGCUCAAGAAGGCGGUUAAGGAAGAAGGGCAAGAUCCUGACGAAGUUGGCAUCGAGUUGGAAACCACAAGCAGGAGGACGACCAAGAGAUGUGUUAAAGGACAAAAGGUGGAGGAGGAGGGCACAGAGGACAACGGCCUGGAAGAAGACUCCAGGGACGGGCAGGAGGACGUGGAAGCAGGUUUGGAGAGUUUGCAGGACAUGGGCGUGGUGGACAUGCGCCUUCUGGACGGCGCUGAGGCUGAGAGCAGUGGCGCUGCAGACUUUGGGGAGGACAGCGCCCCCGACGGCAUUCUCGCCUCCUUCUGCCGCAGUAAAGAGUACGUGGCUGCGCGGCUGGGACAGCUUCCAGCUCAGCUCACGGAACACGCUGUGGAUGGGGAAGGCUUCGAGAGCACUUUGGAAGCUUCAUCAUUGGACUUCAAAGUGAUUCCGGAUAUUGAAGAACCUCUCUUGGAGCCAGAAAAUGAGAAAAUACUCGACAUUUUGGGGGAAACUUGUAAAUCUGAGCCAGUAAAAGAAGAAGGUUCCGAGCUGGAGCAGCCAUUUGCACAGGAUACAAGUAGCGUGGGGCCAGACAGAAAGCUUGCGGAGGAAGAGGACCUUUUUGGCAGCGCCCACCCGGAAGAGGAGGAAGAGGAAGAGCAGGAGGAGGAGGAGGAGGAGGGAGAUUUAGAUUUGGCCAGCGAGUCAACACGCGCUCAGUGGAGCGAGGCAGACACCCUGUUAGCGGUAGUGAAAAGGGAGCCCGUGGAGCAGACAGGCGAAGGCGCGAGGACGGACUGUGAGCCUGUAGGGCUAGAGAAGCCAGUUGAGCAGAGUAGCGCGGGCUCCGAGCUCACGGAGGCCUCUAGCCAGGAGGCCGCGGAAGCGCCCACGGAAGCUCCAAGCCCAGAGCCCAGAGAUAGCAAAGAAGACGUGAAGAAGUUUGAUUUUGAAGCUUGUAAUGAAGUCCCUCCGGCUCCUAAAGAGUCCUCAACCAGUGAGGGCGCUGAUCAGAAAAUGAGCUCUUUUAAGGAAGAAAAAGAUAUAAAGCCAGUCAUUAAAGAUGAAAAAGGCCGUGUGGGCAGCAGUUCGGGAAGGAAUCUGUGGGUCAGCGGGCUGUCCUCCACCACCCGUGCCACUGACCUGAAGAACCUCUUCAGCAAAUACGGGAAGGUUGUGGGGGCCAAAGUGGUGACCAAUGCCCGCAGUCCUGGGGCUCGAUGCUAUGGAUUUGUCACCAUGUCGACGUCCGACGAGGCGACCAAGUGUAUCAGCCAUCUGCACAGAACCGAACUGCAUGGGAGAAUGAUCUCCGUGGAGAGGGCCAAAAACGAGCCUGCCGGGAAGAAGCCGUCAGAGCGGAGAGAGUGUGAGGUGAAGAAGGAGAAGCCUCCCGGCGUCGACAGGCACCAUUCUGUGGAGAUCAAGAUGGAAAAAACCGUAAUCAAGAAGGAAGAGAAGGUUGAGAAAAAGGAGGAAAAGAAGCCUGAAGACAUUAAAAAGGAAGAAAAAGACCAAGAUGAGCUGAAACCAGCACCGACAAAUCGGUCUAGAGUCACCAAGUCAGGAAGCCGAGGAAUGGAACGGACAGUCGUGAUGGAUAAGUCCAAAGGAGAGCCCGUCAUCAGCGUGAAGACCACAAGCAGGUCCAAGGAGAGGAGCUCCAAGAGUCAGGACCGCAAGUCGGAAAGCAAAGAGAAGAGAGACAUCUUGUCCUUCGAUAAAAUCAAAGAGCAGAGGGAGCGAGAGCGCCAGAGACAGCGGGAGCGCGAGAUCCGGGAGACGGAGAGGCGGCGGGAGCGCGAGCAGCGGGAGCGGGAGCAGCGGCUGGAGGCCUUCCACGAGCGCAAGGAGAAGGCGCGGCUGCAGCGGGAGCGCCUGCACCUGGAGUGCCAGCGGCAGCGGCUGGAGCGCGAGCGCCUGGAGCGGGAGCGGCUGGAACGCGAGCGCAUGCGCGUGGAGCGCGAGCGCAGGAAGGAGCAGGAGCGCAUCCACCGCGAGCGCGAGGAGCUGCGGCGCCAGCAGGAGCAGCUGCGCUACGAGCAGGAGCGGCGCCCGGCCCUGCGCAGGCCCUAUGAGCCGGACGGCCGGAGAGACGAUGCCUAUUGGCCAGAAGGAAAACGCGUGGCCUUGGAGGACAGGUACCGCGCUGACUUCCCCCGGCCGGAUCAUCGCUUCCAUGACUUUGACCACCGAGACCGAGGCCAGUACCAGGACCACGCUGCUGACAGGAGGGAGGGGUCCAGGCCCAUGAUGGGAGAGCGAGACGGUCAGCACUAUUCAGACGACCGCCACAGCCAUGGAGGACCCCCAGAGCGCCAUGGCCGGGACUCCCGCGAUGGCUGGGGGGGCUACAGCUCUGACAAGAGGAUGAGCGAAGGCCGGGGCCUCCCCCCUGGACCCAGGGGGGGACGAGACUGGGCCGAGCACAACCCGCGGCUGGAGGAGCAUCAGGUCCGGGCCUGGCAGGGUGCCGUGGACGCCAGCGCCGUGGGCCGGGAGAACACGCGGUGGCAAGGUGCUGAGAGGGGCCUGUCUGGAGCUUCGGGGCCCGGGGGGCACGCGGCGGGCCGAGGCGGCGUGGCUGGGCGAGGCGGCUUCACACAUGCUGGACAUUCCCAAGGUCACGUGGUGCCUGGCGGUGGACUGGAUGGUGGCGGAGUGGCCAACCAGGACCGGGGCAGCAGAGUCCCACACCCCCACCCUCACCCACACCCCCACCCGUACCCCCACUUCACCCGACGCUACUGAAGCCCCCGCACCGCGGCUCUGCAGGAAGGCGGAGGCCCCGUGAACUGGAACCUUCGAGAUGGAAGCCGACCUGCCGCCGUGGCGUAGGCCACACUGCGGGGACUCUUGUUCGUUUUUUUGUUUUGUUUUGUUUUGUUUUUUUAAUAAAUGUGCUCUGGCCCCGCAGCCAUUUGUAGACCAGGUUCCUGUCGUGAGCAUUCCAUUUCCAAAUAAACAUUGUGGUUCACACUCUU